AUGGAUCCAAACGUUGAACCUUGGAUUUAUCCAAUGUAUUAUCCACAUGGUACGCCAGGUUGGCACGAUAAUAUUAAACAAAUUAAUGGAAAACGUUUGAGAGUGGAAAAGCAUCAGGGACUAAUCGAUUAUUUAGAAAAAAAAGCGACUGAUGCUAAUGCUCGUGUUGGACGAAUAAUGAUACUUCCAUCAACAUUUAUUGGUUCACCUCGAAAUAUGAUGCAAAAUUAUCAAGAUGCGAUGGCUAUUAAACGUGGUUUGCCGCAUGUGCAUAUAUUAGUAACUUUAAAACAACAAUGCAAAAUUAUUAAUUCGGAAACCGUUGAUAAGUAUAUUUCUGCUGAAAUUCCGGAUCCUGCUAUUGAUCAAAAUUUGCAUGAAAUUGUCAUGAAAAAUAUGAUUCAUGGACCAUGUGGUAAUUGGUGUAUGGUAAAUGGAAAAUGUUCAAAGCAUUUUCCAAAAUCUUUUCACGAGGAAACAACUAUGGAUGAAAAUGGUUAUCCACAAUACCGUCGAAGAGACACUAGCAUUUUGUAUGAGAAACCUGGAGGAUUUGUAGUAGAUAAUCGAUUUGUUGUUCCUUACUGUCCAAUAUUAUCAACAAUUUUUAAUUGUCAUAUUAAUGUUGAAGUUGUUUCAAGUAUCAAGUCAGUAAAGUAUUUAUAUAAAUAUAUUUACAAAGGUCACGAUGCAGCAUCUGUAGUUAUAGAAGAAGAUGUGAAUAAUAUGGAAAUUGUUCAUGACGAAAUCAAAGAUUUUAUUGAAGCACGUUAUGUAGGACCAGUUGAAGCUUAUUGGCGUAUUGUAAAUAAAAUAUUGCAAGAAAAAAGUCAUGCCAUCAUUCGUUUACCUGUACAUUUGCCAAGUGAACAAAAUGUAAUUAUCUCUGAUCAUUUAAAUGAACAAGAUUUACAAUCUGCUUUAGAACGUAUAACAAUGUUAAUGGAUUAUUUUGAAUUAAAUAAACGAGAUGUUGAUGCACACCAAUAUGUAUAUACAGAUAUACCUUUAUAUUACGUGUUCAAGAAAGUAAUUCUUGAUGGAAAACAAAUUAGUCGUUGGGAAAAACGUCAGAGUAAAUUUAAUUGUAUUGGACGAAUGUACUCAGUUAGUCCAACUGAAAUUGAAUUAUUCCAUUUACGUAUUCUUUUAUUGAAUAUUAAAGGAGCAACAAGUUAUAAUGCUUUAAAAACAGUUAAUGGUGUAUUACAUCAAACAUUUACUUCUGCAUGUUUGGCUUUGGGUUUAAUUGAAGAUGAUGAUGAAUGGAAACGUGCAAUUAGCAAAGCUUCUAUAUGGAUGAUGCCAAGACAACUUAGGUAUCUUUUUGUUCGAAUACUAAUGCAUUGCCAACCAUUGCAUCCAAAAGAAUUAUGGAAUGAAUUUCAAGUUGCAAUGUCCGAAGAUUACAUACGACGAUUUGGACGAGUCAUUGGAAUAAAAAAAGCUUAUGCUCAAAUCAAUCAAUUACUUCGCAAAGAAAGUUGGAAACUUAAGCAAUUUCCAGAAAUGGAACAAAUAAAGAUAAAAUAUGAAGAAGAAGAUGCAGAACAAUUGCAAAGAGAAGCUUUAUGUGGUCAGCAACAGUAUAGCCAGUUAAAUUAUGGUCAAAAAAAUGUUGUUGAUUAUGUUUUAACUCUUUUAACAAAAACUAACAGUCAACAAAAAAAAUGCUUAUACAUUGACGGUCCAGGAGGUUCAGGUAAAACUUUUGUUUACACAACAUUAUACUAUUUACUCAAAUCUCAAGGCAAAGUUGUUAAUACAAUGGCUUUCACUGGUAUCGCUGCAACAUUACUACCAAAUGGAAGAACAGCACAUAAAACUUUAGGUUUGCCCGUACCUCUUUUUAAUGAUUCAACAUCGAAUAUAAAAGUUCAAUCCAAAGAAGCUGAUUAUUUAAAAAAAACAGAUGUUUUUAUUUGGGAUGAAGCACCAAUGGCACCGCGAUAUGCUCUUGAAGUAAUGAAUUGUCUCUUACAAGAUUUAAUGCAUAAUGAUAUACCAUUUGGAGGAAAAAUUGUUAUUUUUGGUGGAGAUUUCAGACAAUUAUUGCCAGUAAAACAAAAUGCCACACGUUCUGAAACUGUAAAUUUAUCAAUUAAAUUCAGUUCAUUAUGGCAAUAUUUCAAAAUUUUUUCAUUAACAGAAAAUAUGCGUAUUUUACCACAUGAACAGGAAUUUGCUCAAUUUUUAUUAGAUUUGGGUAAUGGUUCUCUAAAUGAUCAGUCUAAUAAUAUUGAAAUUCCAUUAAGAUGUGUAGCAAAUUUAAAUGCAAAUAUAACGAAAGAUACAUACGAAGAAAUAAUCAAACACAAUCAGUAUAGACUUGCAGCAAAACGUGUUAUACUUUCUGCAAGAAAUGUUGAUGUGGAUGAAUUAAACAAACAAGUUGUAAAUUUACUUGAUGAAUCAACAGAAAGAGUAUACACAAUGUAA